CAGUCUCGUACUUUUUUCUUAGAUGAGGAAGAAGAAGAUGAUGUGGUUGCACCAAAGCCGUUAGUCGAACCUGAGGAAGUAAAAACAUUCAAAAAGGAAGAGGAGGAGGAAGCUGCCCCUCAUGAACUUACGGAAGAGGAAAAGCAACAAAUUUUGCAUUCUGAAGAGUUUUUAAGUUUCUUUGACCACUCUACAAGGAUUGUUGAAAGAGCCCUUUCUGAACAAAUCAAUAUUUUCUUUGACUACAGUGGAAGAGACUUAGAAGACAAAGAAGGGGAGAUUCAAGCAGGAGCAAAACUGUCCUUAAAUAGGCAGUUUUUUGAUGAACGUUGGUCAAAGCAUCGUGUUGUCUGUUGUUUGGACUGGUCGUCUCAGUACCCAGAAUUACUUGUUGCCUCUUACAACAACAAUGAGGAUGCACCUCAUGAGCCUGACGGAGUGGCCCUUGUGUGGAAUAUGAAGUACAAGAAAACUACGCCAGAGUAUGUCUUUCAUUGCCAGUCAGCAGUAAUGUCAGCUACAUUUGCAAAAUUUCAUCCCAAUUUGGUGGUUGGUGGCACAUACUCAGGCCAGAUCGUGCUAUGGGAUAAUCGCAGCAAUAAGAGAACUCCAGUGCAGAGAACUCCACUUUCAGCUGCUGCUCACACGCAUCCAGUCUACUGUGUAAAUGUUGUUGGGACCCAGAAUGCUCAUAACUUGAUCAGUAUCUCAACCGAUGGGAAGAUAUGCUCUUGGAGCCUAGACAUGCUUUCCCAGCCACAGGAUAGCAUGGAGCUGGUUCACAAACAGUCCAAGGCUGUGGCUGUUACUUGCAUGUCCUUCCCAAUUGGUGAUGUCAACAACUUUGUUGUUGGAAGUGAAGAAGGCUUGGUCUAUACUGCAUGCCGUCAUGGGAGCAAAGCUGGAAUCAGUGAGAUGUUUGAAGGACACCAGGGACCAAUCACAGGUAUCCACUGCCAUGCAGCAGUUGGACCUGUAGACUUCUCACAUCUUUUUGUCACCUCUUCUUUUGACUGGACAGUAAAGCUUUGGACAACGAAGAAUAACAAACCUCUCUACUCAUUUGAAGACAACUCAGAUUAUGUUUAUGAUGUUAUGUGGUCUCCAACGCACCCUGCCCUGUUUGCCUGUGUGGAUGGGAUGGGCCGGCUUGACCUGUGGAAUCUCAACAAUGACACUGAGGUGCCAACUGCAAGCAUUACUGUAGAGGGCAAUCCUGCUCUGAACCGUGUGAGAUGGACGCAUACUGGGAGAGAGAUUGCUGUCGGUGACUCAGAGGGCCAAAUAGUUAUAUAUGAUGUGGGAGAGCAAAUUGCAGUUCCUCGCAGUGACGAGUGGACGCGGUUUGGCCGAACACUGGCAGAAAUAAAUGCCAACAGAGCUGAUGCAGAAGAGGAAGCUGCAACCCGCAUCCCAGCAUAGAUCUCCAAAAAUGGGCAGUGGUGGUAGACUUGUGAAUGAUUUGAUGCAAAUCUUAGAAAUAUAAGCAAGUGUCAGUAAUAGCUUAAGGAAGGAAUAUGUGGAUUCAACCAUGGACUUGGAAAACGUGUUAUGAUCUCUGAAAAUCAGAUCUUGCAUUGUUGACUUUUUAUAUAUAACUUACAAGCACAUUAUUUGAUUUAUGUAACUUUUAAUACAGUUAACUUUGACUUUGCAAGGAACUUCUUUUGAAACACUAACCUGGUGUAAAUUUGCUGUUAAGCUUCUGAAAUCUCCACUUUAUAAACAGUAUGUUUCUGAAGAUUAGAAAUUGUUUCUAAACAAGUUCUGUUUCUAAACUAAACUUUCUAUAUUACACAGAUUAGACUUUAUGAGGUAGUAAGUUUCUGAAGGGUUCUUUAAUUCAAACUGCAAGUGGAUAUGCAUGCGUAAGUUCCGAGUAAGUUUCAUUGCUUAUAUAGAGAUAAGCUUCAGACUCUGGUAGUGAGUAAUACGAGUGAAUAAAAUUUGUCUGUAGUUACGAUUCAUUUGACAAUUGGACCAGAAUUGAUGAAAUACAUAUUUAAUAACAAUAAGAAGUUCUUUUGUUUUGAAUUGGCGCAUUAAAGGGUGAAACUGAUUCAUAAAUAAAUAUUAUAUGAGCUGCCCUGACCCCCAAUCUGUCUCCCUUCAGUAGUUUUAGAGUAGAACGUUCCCAGGAGCUGCUGCCUGCCUUCACUUAUACUGCACAUGUCAGUUUUGUACUCCCAAGCCUUCGCUUCCCGCUGUGGUACUUGGCUAAAACAAGGAAGGCCACUCUUGUUAAUUUUUCCCUUCCUGAAGCAUGAUGAGCUAUAUUUUGAAUUGAUUUUCAUAGCAUCAAACUUGCUACUGAUUUUUUUCCCAUAUGAAGAGAAAGAAAAAUUUUCUUGCUGCUUUUUAACAUCUCUUGAAUCAAAAACCUCUAAACAGCUUGGAAAUAGAACAUUUUCUGCUAAAGGCUGUAUUUUUUAAUAAACCUCUCCUAGAAUAUUGUAAGCUUUCCCAUCAAACAUCUUUCUCCCCCUUUUAUUUUUGUUAGCUUCAGGUAAACAAAUGUUUGAGGAUUUUUUUUAUUUUAUUUUUUUUACUAAUUUAAAGUAUUCUGACUUGUACCAACUGAGCACUAAACAUGUUUGAUGCCUGUGACAGCUUAGGACUCUAAAUCAAAGUUAGAACAAUUCAAGUUUUGUUUCUCUCAUUAUAAAUCUGCUACAAACUAUGAUUUUUCAGAAGAGAUUUUUUUUUUACGCUCACAAGUGGGAUACAGGUUUAUUUUCCAGCUUACUCAGAAACUUACUCUUGUUUGCAGUUUUUCUUAGGUUUUGGAGUGUAUCUUUGUUUCAGUUCCAUUACAAGCAGUUCAUAGAGAUACUGACAGCAAUAGCAGCAGUUCUGUCUUAAAGAGGUUCCCUUCUUCUGUGGAUUUGAAAGGCUGUAUGCUUCCCCCCGAAGUCUACCCUCUAUUUCCAGUACAGAGUCAUGCUGUUCAGUUUGAAAUUUGCCUUGUAUCUUUUCUUCAGUAUUACAACAGUAGCUGUUUGGUUGAGAAAUACAUGAACUACAUAAAGAACAGGCACAUCAUGUGGUGAUUUCUACCCCUUAGGCACAAUAAUACUUAAAAAUAGAAGGUUCUCCUUUAAUAAUGUUUCCUUCAGACUUGAAACAUAUAGAUCAUAUGGAUUUAGUUCUAAAUAAUUUUAACCUUUUUGUAACUUAGCAGUAUUGUUCUGUAUUCCUGCUUGUGUUCCUCACUCAGAAAAUGGUUACAUGCAGAUCAAAGCAAGUCUUAAAACCCUCUUUGCAAAGUUAAGAGACCAACAGUGGUGCCAGUUACUGUAAAUGACCGUCCUGGGAGCAGCGCUGUCCAGUUUUAAAGCUGUGAGAGUUCUCACAUGGGAAAGCCUUCCAGAACUGAUCCAGUCAGUCAGCAAGCUGUGACUGAGAUUAAAUGCCAGUGGGUACUUCACAUGUCUGUAUCUCUUUAGGAGAAAAAAGAACAAAAUAUACAGAUAAAGGAAAGAGUGUUCCCAGGAGGCCUGGAUCUACAGAACUGCACAAGUAGGUAAUUUUUUUAAACAGUAAAAAAAAAACCCAAACACUUAGAGUUAUAUACAUGUUACAGCAUGGAGAUCAAACAUCUGAUUCAGAGUAUUGUAAUGUCUAACUCACUAAAUAUUAUUCAGCAUUGAAAAGAUGCUUUAUCUUCAUUACAAACUAGAACUGAAGUUCAGUUCUUAAUAAGCUGCUUCUUCGCACGCCAACUAAAACUCUUCAUAGUGGCUACUGACUGAGUAAUAGUUGUACCAGUGGGGCCCACUGUUUCCCAGGAUGUUUAACCCUGAAAGAAACUAUAAAACUGUAAAACUAAAGACUGGAGAUGGUGAUACUUAAACAAGAAAAGCUGAAAACCCACCUACCUUCUCCCUGACUCUGUGGGUAGUAACUUCCUUUAGGACUGUAGAAACUUACACAAUUUCCUCUGACAUUUUGGAUUUAAAAACUACAUUAGCAGGCAUUUUUCUCUGUAUCCUAAGUUUAAAAAUAAACCAGGAGAGUUCAAACUUCUCCUUUCCUUUUACUUUGCAUUCUGCCCAACUGGAAUUUAUUCUCAGUCUAGAAGGUCGGUUCUGUUUAUGAGAAGAGCUUUCUUGGGGUUUUUUUGUUGUUUUUUUUUUUUUUUUUUGCCUUUAUAUAACAAAAUACAAAUGAUGUAUUGUCACUUAGUCUGUCAGUGAUAAAAACUUCCUAGAAAUACAGAAUGCCUUCAGUUUCUGUUACAGAAAGUUCUCCAUUCUGGAGUUCUUUGUCCUCCUGCUGUGAAUCUUUGUGCAUUUGGACACUUGGGUAGAUGGACUACAGUUCUAUUUUGCUACAGUAAUAGAAGCUUCCUGAGUGGAAGAUGAAGGAAUUUUGUUAAUAGGGACAAUUAUGCAUUUAUUUAUUUCACACACAGUAGUUGAAAUCAGAUACUAACUGCUGGGCAGGUGGGGUGUUGUUUCUAUUCUUUGUGCAAUACUUCAUUCUCCACUAUCAGAAGCACAGCCCAUGUCACUUCGCUUAAGAAAGACAUCAGAAUUAAGUAAUAUUCAAUAUUAAUUUGUCAAACACUUAAAAGGUUGGUUUCCUAGAUCGUGCAGGAGAUCAUGUAGAUCUGCCCAGACAUGCAUUUCAGCAGUGAGAGUUGGCCACAGCUGUUCUUAGUUCCCCUGUACUAUCCCCUGUAGUUUUGGUUUUGAAUGUGGUAGUACCAGAGCUAUUGCACUACUUUAGUGCAAUUUGCUACUCAAAGACAAAUGCUCCAAAUAAUAAAACCUGUAAAAAAAAAAAAAUGAGUCUUUUAAUAAUGGACAAAUGUUUCAUAUUUUAAAUAAGCUACCAUCGAGGUAAGAUCUAUUAGAGAAUUAGUAUUAUCAUGUGCUUUGGGAGAAUUAUUUGUUGCAAAAUAGUGCUGUAAAAUAAAACACUGCAUGUGCUCAUCUAA